AUGAUUCACAGAUUCAUCUUGAAUGAUGUGAAGGACGACGGGUUGCCAUUUGAGUUUACCUUCAAAAAUGGUUCGUGGGAUAUACGAAGUCGACAUGGGCAACAAAUCGACCACUUGUUUUCCGGAUGGGGCUACCUGCAUAUCGACAACUUCUCCAGACACCAAUGGUCUGUCUUGUCACCGUUCUUUCGGAAGCCAGACGACAAAAGCCAAGACAAGGUGUACCAUUACGAUCUGCAGAAGGAAACGGUUCUUCCUUUCGAAAGAUCUGAAGAGGAGGGUCUGAAUGCGGGCAAAGGUAGCUAUGGAACAGUCUUCAAGGUCAAGAUUCACGCCGCCCACUGCGAUUUCGACCCUUGUAGUAAUCCAAACCUUGAAUUUGGGAUCAAACGGCUCGAAAGAUCAGAAGAGAUAGCAUUUAAUAAUGAGGUCGACACACUCAAGAGAUUCAGUAUCAACACAAACAAUCACCUCAUCCAGCUUCUCGCUACGUACAAGUGGCGAAACAGUUACUAUCUUGUCUUUCCAUGGGCGGACAAGAAUUUACAAGGGCUUUGGGAAGCAAUUGAACGGCCACAAAACAGCCUGAAGUUAUCUUUGUGGGUGGCGCGGCAAUGCCACGGGCUCGCGGUUGGACUGAGCAACAUUCACGUCUAUCAAUCUCAACCUCAGAAUGAAACAGGCGUAUCUACUCUAGCCCUGCCAUCUGACGAAAAGCCCUACGGACGACACAACGACAUCAAACACGAAAAUGUACUUUGGUUCAAGGAUCACAGCAACGAUGCCGAGGAAUACGCCGGAGAACUGAAGAUUUCGGACUUCGGGUUUGUCAGGUUCAACAGCGAAGGAUCGCGCUCCAUCAUCCCCACACACAAUCUAUUUACACCGACGUAUAUGCCGCCCGAGUGCGCCCUGCCGAAUCACAUUAUCUCUCGAUCCUUUGACCUGUGGUCUUUGGGCUGUAUGUAUUUGGAAUUCGUAACUUGGUUAUUGAAGGGCUAUACCGCUGCCACCGACGAUUUCAUAGACGACCGAAUCGACGAUUGCCAAAUCGAAGAGGAUCGACGCGUCGAAGUCACCGAAUUCAAGGAUGACAACUUCUUCAUAAUACGGGACAACAUAGUGAGUCUCAAAAACUCCGUAGUUGCGUGUAUCAAAAGCCUUCACUCGCAUCCUCAUUGCACGGCGUAUCUGCACGACUUCCUCGACUGUAUCGCUAACCGACUUCUGCUGCCGGACCCUACCCAACGAAUAAGCUGCGGUGACCUCGUUCGAGAGCUUGACGGAAUUCUUCAGAAGUGCCAGAAGGACGAAGAAUAUUGCACCAAAGGCGACCCAAGAGGGGACUAUGAGAUACCCCCGAGGAUUUACAGUUUAAGACCUUCCAAUAAAGCUGCCAUUUCUCCAUCAGAGAGCCCUGCGGGGCCUGCAGGUCACUUGUCUGGCCGUCAACUGCAAGCCGCUGCUAGACAUGCAGGUGCCAAGGAAGGGAGCAUACAGCAAAGAACAAGCGACCUUGAUAUGACUGGUCUUGUGGAUGGA